AUGGGCAUUUGGAGCUACUUGAAGGAAGGAGUUUUGCCGGAAGGUAGGGACGAAGCUCGGAAGGUGAUGUUGAGGUCGGCCAAGUUCGGGAUCGUUGGCGACGAACUGUUCAAGCGUGGCAUCUCCACCCCACUACUCAAGUUCGGGAUACCCUAUUCCCUUCUUACUGAUAACGGCCGACAGUUCAUCGCGCAGGACUUCGAAGACUUCCUUCGGGAACUCGGAAUCAAGCAUCUUCCGACCUCAGUGGAACAUCUGCAAACUAAUGGUCAAGCCGAAGCAGCUAACAAGGUGAUACUCCGAGAACUCAAAAAGUGCUUCGGGAACGCCAAGGGGAAAUGGGCUGAGGAACUUCCUAGCAUCCUCUGGUGGAAAUCGGAGAGACAUCUCACCGACGCCAAGUCUUCAACAGCGAGCAGAAUGCUCGAGAGUUACCAGCCGACCUCGACCUAG